GGUUAUAUCGGUGAUCAGCUGCUCACAAAGCUGAGCUGUAAGAAAGGUAGAUUUGGAAACGGGUUUUGCCGCUGAUACAGAAACUUUGAAGCAUUCGGGAGCAAUUUAGCCAGCAGUCUGGAGUAGCACCCGCGUCUAAGCAAACGGAUUUCUGCCAGCGCAUCGCAGAAGCAGCAGACUUACGAAAGGGAAGUGCGGGGGCGUCUAGUCUCAGUCGUGGGAAAAACAGCAGCAUAAAUAAACGCCAAAAGCCAGCAAAAUGUCCAUGGGAAAUCUAUCAAUCGACGGAGAAUUCCGAUACAUUAUACAGUGGUUCAACGAGUGGAGUGAACUGCAACGGGACGAUUUUGUCUACGUUUUAGUGGAGUACUUGACGGGCGGAGCCACAGGCGGAGGAGGUGUUUAUGUGAAUGGUAUGGUGAAUGCGCUGAGUAACGCGGGCGUGCAGGACAAGCCCAUGAGCCUGUUCCAGUGUCGUAUUAAGCUGUUCCGUGAAUGGAGCCCCAAAUGGCCGAUCGAGUUCAAAUGCAAGCUGCAGGAAAAGAUUAGCGAGAUCGACGCCAAGGUGGGGGAAAAGAUCAUCAAUGAGCUGAGGGGGCCCCAUGGCGUGCACAAUGGCGAUGUUGCUGUGCAUUUAAAUGCAAAUGGAACGAGUGAUGGAGGCGGGGAAUUUGAACUAGAGCAAGACAAGGCGGCAGAGGUUGCUGUAGUCACAGCAGAUCAACCUCCAGAAGCAGAGACCAAUGCAGCACCUCCCGAAGCAGAAGCGGACAAUGACAAUCGCUUAGCGGCGGUACUUCGCCAAGAAACGCCCGUCGAUGACGAAGAUGGAGAGGAACCAAGAGAAGACUCCGCAGAAGUAAAUGGCCAUUAUCCAGCCGGUGCAGUGACAACGAUUGCCGUGAAUACGUCUCCAUCUCCACCGCCAUCCCCCACUCCAGCGAUCGUCGAACCUGUAGAACAGGUCGAGAAUAGCGUUACCGUCACCGUGGCCUCUGCCCAGGUUUCCCCGGUGGCUUAGAUCUUCAACAGCACGGCCAGAAACCAGAAUAAUCAGAUUGACUAUGAAAGACUUAAUGAGUAGUUAAUUAUUUUAGUUGUACGUCAUCAGCAGCUCUACAUUCCAUAUAUAUAUAUCAUAUAUACUCUAUGCAUUUCUAGUUAUGUAAGCACAAAACCCAAGACUUUGUUCACCCUCCCCGGCCUUCAGCCCACUAUAUGUAUUUGUAAGAGUAUCUCAACUGUAAAGUAAGCGUCAAUAAAAAAUACGAAGAUUCCUCACUUUAUCCACUA